UUUUGGCGCAAAGUUUCUCCUGUUUGAAUAACUUUUUACACCAUAUCAGUAUGGCUCCUCCUCCUCCAGCACGUCCUUUGUCGGCCCGCCUCUUCCAGAUUGCAAAGACUCAGCAAUUCGCUUGGUUCAUCGGCCAUGCAUUGACUCUGUUAGGCUCGCUUUUCCACUUUAUCUCGAUAUUCACGCUAGGUUCUGGUAUCAAGGCAUACAAGAUAGCAUAUGCCGGUGCGUUACUUUCCUAUGGUGUUGUUAUUUAUAAAUCCCACGGUGCUCCGCAAUUCAAUGCCGCUUAUGCCCAACGAUUGGUUAUGGACGAGAACAUGCAAUACCUGCUUCUUGCACUUUACUGGUUCGUGAACAGUCCUAUUACAGUGACUUUGAUUCCGUUCUUUACUUUCUCUACUUUCCACGCAUUGGGUUAUAUCCGCACCAACUUGAUUCCGGCCGUUUUCCCUGCUCCCCGCGCCCCGGCAGGCCAAUCGUCGUCUGCGCAACCCACCUGGCAAGCUAAACUUCAACAACAAAUCAAAGCAUGGACCGAUAAAAACUAUGGUGUCGCCAUGCGUUUGGUGGCUCAAGCUGAAGUCGUCGUGAUUGCUGGACGUUUGUUAUUGGGACUUUUCCGAUUGCAUAUCGUGCCUAUUUUCUUAUUUGCCCAGUUUUUACGAUUCCGCUACCAUUUAUCGACCUAUACAAAGCAAGCCUUCACAGAUCUUCGCGUCAGUCUCGAUCGUUUGCUUUUACCGCCUACCGCUGAUCCACGCAUUCCUUCCGCGGUCGGCAACUUUUACACUACCGUGAAAUCUAUGAUUAUUCGAUAUGGUGACGCGGUGGUGCAACGUCAACCUGGACCUCAGCAAUAGAUUUUGGAUGAUAAAGAAAAUUAAAAAGGAAAUCCGACCAACAU